AUGGCAUCAAAAUACGCCAACCUUCUCUCUGUUAGCGGCAAAUGGAAGCAACAGAUCACUGACUACUUGACGGAGGAUGUCCCUUCAUUUGACUAUGGUGCGUUUGUCGUUGGGAACAAACCUGAAACCGCAUCAUUGUACAUGAAAGCUGAAGGCUUGAUAUGUGGUGUCCCAUUCGCUGAUGAAGUAUUUAGACAGUGUGAACUCGAGGUUGAGUGGCAUUAUCAAGAGGGGCAGUACGUGACGAGUGGACAGUUGGUGAGUCUGAACGGCAAGAUCGUCGUUGCAACCGUCAAAGGUCCAGCCAACAAGAUCUUACUUGCAGAGAGGACGGCGCUCAAUUUGCUAGCGCGAUCAUCGGGUAUCGCUACUCAAUCGUAUGUGACGAAAAAGCUUGCUGACGAAUCAGGAUACAAGGGGUUAAUUGCAGGCACCAGGAAAACGACUCCAGGCCUCAGACAGCUCGAAAAGUACUCCAUGCUUGUAGGAGGAGUAGACCCUCACAGAUACGACCUCAGUUCGAUGGUGAUGCUCAAGGAUAAUCACAUAGCUUCUACUGGAAGCAUCACCGAGGCAGUCAAAAGUGCAAGAUCAGUAUGCGGGUUUGCUGUGAAGGUGGAAGUUGAAGUGAGUACCGAAAAAGAUGCCAAAGAAGCCAUCGACGCUGGUGCAGACGUCAUCAUGUUGGACAACUUCAGCGGUCCUUCAUUGCAAAAAGUUGCCCAAACUUUAAAGCAGCAUUAUAAGGGCUCCAAUAAGAGCUUCUUGUUGGAAUGCUCAGGCGGAUUGACAUUGCAGAACUUGAGCACAUACUUGUGCAAUGAUGUAGACAUCUACUCGACGUCUUCCAUACACCAAGGAUGCAAAAUUGUGGACUUUUCGUUGAAAAUAAACGCUUAA